UUUGUCGGUCAAUCGAUUUGCAGAUUGCGGAGGGUUUUAGGUUUGAGUCUUACGCCCUUUUUCUUCUUCACUGGUGAUUUCUGACGGAAUUGGAUUUUCCGAUUUUUCAAAGAAUUUAAGAUGUCUUCACUUGGCACAUCAAAGGGAAUCCUGGAGAUUGCUAAGUUUGGUAUCUACGUGUCGGUUCCCAUCGUUCUUAUGUACGCUUUUGCCAAUAAUUCGAAGAACCUCCAGAGAUUCAUGGGCAAUCGGUCUUAUAUCGAAUAUCCGCCGGAGGCACCUAGGCCUCCGUCACCUGAGGAGCUCAGGGAGAUGGCACGGGAGCUGGCUCGGAAAUCAAACAAUCGGUGAUGCUCUCUUUGACUGGAGUUGCUGCAGUGGUUACGCACUCGUACUUCUGUUUAUACUGUUUCGUAUGCUAUGUACAAUGACAUGAUGAUCGAUGAUAAAUCUAAAUAAGAUGGAAUGUAUUUGGAAAAUGAGUUCUGUUAGGACAUAUUUGGUACCAGAAACAGGGAAGAAAAGUAGAGGGAUAGAGGGGAAAGAUGUUACAAUAUUGUUAUUAUUAUAACAAUGGCCUUAUAUUAUUAAUCUUUCAAAGGCGUAUAUAAGGGUUACUUUUUAAAUUCA